AGGCGGGAAAACAAGUACCUUUUGCGCGCCAUAUCUCGCAGUUACAUCUUCAUUCAUACUCUUGUCCUCACUCACUUCUUCAUUUCCAUUUUCCAUUCGCGCGUUUUCUCAAAACCAAUCCAUGGCUUCCGAUUCCACUCCAAUGGAUUCCAACAAUGGUCCUUCUUCACCGGACAACUCCAAUUCAAGUCCAAUCGCCAACACCUACUCCUCCCCCGGCCGCCGUCGCCGCCGUCAAUCAAUCACUCCAUCUGGAACUCCUCAACCGAACAGAUCUCGCUUCGCUUCCUCCGAUGCAACUCCAACUCCCUCCCGUCACCGUCGAGGUGGCGGAAUCCCCUCCGGCCGCCGUGGACCCGCCACACCAACUUCCACCUCCGAAGACUUUCCUAUGUCUUCUGAAGGCGGUGACGGUUAUGACAUGGAUGAUGCUGGUCCUACUUACGUUUGGGGUACUAACAUUAGCGUGGAGGAUGUUAACGAUGCGAUUCAGAGGUUUUUGAAGCAUUUUAGAGAAAAAUCUGCUUCUCAAGGCGGUGAUGAUGAUUUGGAUAUGGAUUUGGAUAUUGAAGGGAAGUAUGAGAAAUUGAUCAAACAGGUUAUUGAAUUGGAAGGUGAGUCUAUUGAUGUUGAUGCACGUGAUGUGUUUGAUCACGAUCACGAAUUGUAUAGUAAGAUGGUGAGGUAUCCUCUCGAGGUGCUUGCCAUUUUUGAUAUGGUUUUGAUGAACAUGGUCACUAGGAUGAAUCCUAUGUUUGAGAAGCAUGUUCAAACUAGGAUUUUUAAUCUUAAGAGCUCAACUUCAAUGAGGAAUUUGAAUCCUUCUGAUAUUGAGAGGAUGGUGUCGAUGAAGGGAAUGAUUAUUCGGUGCAGCUCGAUUAUACCAGAAAUCAGGGAAGCUAUAUUCAGGUGUCUAGUAUGUGGUUUCUGCUCUGACCCGGUUCCGGUGGAGAGAGGACGAAUCGCCGAACCUACUGUUUGCUUGAGGGAAGAGUGUCAGUCCAGGAAUUCGAUGACACUUGUUCACAACCGAUGCAAGUUUUCUGAUAAACAAAUUGUGAGGCUUCAGGAGACACCUGAUGAGAUACCUGAAGGAGGAACACCUCACACUGUUAGCUUGCUAUUGCAUGACAAACUGGUGGAUACUGGAAAGCCAGGUGACAGAGUUGAGGUGACUGGUAUAUACAGGGCUAUGAGUGUCAGGGUGGGACCAACUCAGAGAACUGUUAAGUCAUUGUUCAAAACGUAUAUUGAUUGUCUUCACAUAAAAAAGACAUCAAAGUCCCGGAUGCUAGUUGAGGAUGCUAUGGAGGUUGACAAUGGCCAGGGCAGAAAUCCAGAAGAAGUUUUAUUUGAUGAAGAAAAGGUGGCUAAACUGAAGGAGCUCUCAAAACAACCAGAUAUCUAUGAAAGGCUGACAAAGUCACUGGCGCCAAACAUCUGGGAGCUAGAUGAUGUAAAGAAAGGUCUUCUUUGCCAGCUUUUUGGGGGCAAUGCUUUGAAGUUGGCAUCUGGUGCUAGCUUUCGUGGUGAUAUAAAUAUUCUCCUUGUUGGUGAUCCUGGUACAAGCAAGUCGCAGCUACUUCAGUACAUACACAAACUUUCUCCACGUGGCAUUUACACCAGUGGAAGGGGAAGCUCAGCAGUUGGAUUGACUGCUUACGUGGCCAAAGAUCCUGAAACAGGCGAAACUGUUCUUGAGAGUGGUGCCCUAGUUUUGAGCGACCGAGGUAUCUGCUGCAUUGAUGAAUUUGACAAAAUGUCUGACAAUGCAAGGAGCAUGUUACACGAGGUGAUGGAACAACAAACUGUUUCAAUAGCAAAGGCAGGCAUUAUUGCUUCCCUCAAUGCAAGGACCUCGGUGUUGGCUUGCGCAAACCCUAGUGGGUCACGAUAUAAUCCCCGCUUGUCUGUCAUUGACAACAUACACCUUCCUCCCACUCUUUUGUCCAGAUUUGAUUUAAUUUACUUAAUGCUUGAUAAGGCUGAUGAACAGACCGACCGACGACUUGCCAAACAUAUUGUUUCCCUGCACUAUAAGGAUUAUGAGAACAUUGAGCAGGAUGUGUUGGACAUUUCUACACUAACUGAUUAUGUUAGCUAUGCCCGAAAGCACAUACACCCACAACUAUCAGAUGAAGCUGCUGAUGAGUUGAUUACAGGCUAUGUAAAAAUAAGGGGUAGGGGAAAAUUCUCCGGAAGCAGCAAAAAGGUAAUAACGGCAACUCCAAGGCAGAUUGAGAGUCUAUUACGACUUAGUGAAGCAUUGGCUCGGAUUCGCUUCUCAGAAUCGGUCGAAAAACAUGACGUGGUGGAGGCAUUUCGGCUUCUGGAAGUUGCAAUGCAGCAAUCUGCAAUGGAUACCAGAACUGGAACUAUUGACAUGGAUCUUAUAACUACUGGUGUUUCGGCAAGCGAAAGGAUGAGGCGAGAAAGUUUGAUUCAAGACACCCGCAACAUGAUCAUGGAGAAGAUGCAAAUUGGGGGACGUUCCAUGCGAUUAUUAGAGAUAUUGGAGGAGUUGAAGAAUCAGAGCCCUGGCAGCGAAAUUCAUCUUAAUGAUCUAAGGAGUGCAGUUGCUACUCUUGCCAGUGAAGGAUUUGUUUCCAUGGCUGGUGACAGUGUAAAAAGAACAUGAUACGAUGAGGCAGGGUCAUCAUUGGUUUUAGGGGACUGUUUGAUACUUAAGCUAGUUUCAUGUAUUAAGUAACUCCAACCAUUUUAGCUAUCAAUUAUCUACCCGUCCCCAGUGAUGAUACAUAUUAUAUAUGACAUACAGGAAAUUAGUAAUGUGUCCCCGUUAGUUUUUUUUU